AUGAAGAGGCGGUUUACUGUAGUUCCUGGUUACCUUGAGCUUACUGCCGACUUAGGAGAUUUGUUUAUGUUGACAAUUGCGUUUUUCGCACUCUCUGGUCUGGAUAUGUUGGAUUCCUUAGAUGUGGUGAACAAAGAUGAUAUAAUAGAAUGGAUUUAUUCCCUGCAGGUCCUUCCCACAGAAGACAGAUCAAACUUGAAUCGCUGUGGAUUCAGAGGCUCUUCAUAUUUAGGGAUGCCAUUCAAUCCCUCCAAGGGUCCAGGUAUAUCUCAUCCCUAUGAUAGUGGGCACAUAGCAAUGACUUACACAGGCCUGUCAUGUCUCAUUAUUCUUGGAGAUGAUUUAAGUCGAGUAAAUAAAGAUGCAAUACUGGCAGGACUGAAAGCUCUCCAGCUGGAGGAUGGAAG